AUGAGGCCGUCCAGCCUGCUGCUCAUACUGCCUAUGAGCAAUCAAAACCCCAAACAGGUAAACCCCCUAGAGGGGGUGAACAUCACCAGCCCCGUGCGUUUGAUCCAUGGCACAGUGGGGAAGUCGGCACUACUUUCCGUGCAGUACAGCAGCACCAGCAGUGACAAACCUGUGGUGAAGUGGCAGCUGAAGCGGGACAAGCCGGUUACUGUGGUACAGUCCCUUGGCACAGAGGUCAUCGGCAACCUGCGCCCUGACUAUCGAGACCGCAUCCGGCUCUUCGAAAAUGGCUCCCUGCUCCUCAGCGACCUGCAGCUGGCCGACGAAGGCACCUAUGAGGUGGAGAUCUCCAUCACGGAUGCCACUUUCACCGGGGAGAAGACCAUCAACCUCACGGUGGAUGUGCCCAUUUCAAGGCCACAGGUGUUAGUGGCUUCAACCACAGUGCUGGAGCUCAGCGAGGCCUUCACCCUGAACUGCUCCCAUGAGAAUGGCACCAAGCCCAGCUACACCUGGCUGAAGGAUGGCAAGCCCCUCCUCAAUGACUCGAGAAUGCUCCUGUCCCCCGACCAAAAGGUGCUCACUAUCACCCGCGUGCUCAUGGAGGACGACGACCUCUACAGCUGCGUGGUGGAGAAUCCCAUCAGCCAGGUCCGCAGCCUGCCUGUCAAGAUCACCGUGUACAGAAGAAGCUCCCUCUACAUCAUCUUGUCGACAGGUGGCAUCUUCCUCCUUGUGACAUUAGUGACGGUCUGUGCUUGUUGGAAACCCUCCAAAAAGUCUAGGAAGAAGAGGAAGCUGGAGAAGCAAAAUUCCCUAGAAUACAUGGACCAGAAUGAUGACCGUCUGAAAACAGAAGCAGACACCCUCCCAAGAAGCGGGGAGCAGGACCGGAAGAACCCCAUGGCCCUUUAUGUCUUGAAGGACAAGGACUCCCCGGAGUCCGAGGAGAACCCCGCUCCGGAGACUCGCAGCACGUCGGAACCCGGGCCUCCUGGCUACUCCGUGUCGCCGCCCGUGCCCGGCCGCUCCCCAGGGCUGCCCAUCCGUUCCGCCCGCCGCUACCCGCGCUCGCCGGUGUGCUCCCCGACCACUGCCCGGACCCACUCGUCGCCGCCGCGGGCUCCCAGCUCGCCCGGCCGCUCGCGUAGCGCCUCGCGCACACUGCGGACUGCGGGUGUGCACAUAAUCCGCGAGCAAGACGAGGCCGGCUCGGUGGAGAUCAGCGCCUGACACCGGCUCCGGAGCUAGCCGCCUCCGGCAUCCGCGUCUGGGGCUGGCGGCUCGAAGGGUCAGGAGGAAGUCGGGGUGCUGCCAGCGAAGGGUGAGGGAGGUCAGGGCUGGGACGCAGGUGAUUGGGGUGCACAAGUGUGUGAGCGUGAGCAGAUCGGGGGUGUCGCCUCUGCGAAGGAGCAAUUUGAUCUGGUGGUGCAACCAGGUUUUUUCUGCUCUGAGUUGACUGGCUGUGUUCUCAGCAGUUAUGGGUUGUGCUCUUAGGACGGUGUAGAUUAUUAAAUUUCCGGCUCAAUCUCUAAGAGUCUUAUGGAAACUAACACCAGUAACCUACCCAUCCGCCCCCACCCCA